AAGAGCCGUGGCGGGGCGGGGCUUCCGGGAAACGGCGCGGAGGGCGGUCCGGGCCGGGGAGGCUCUCGUGGGCCGCGGCCUACGGGGUUGGGUUCUGCCAGGCCGGAGGACUGCGAGGACGCGAGGUCAAGGGUCCGGGGGCGACGGCUUCUCCGGAGAGGUUUCGGACUCUCCCGGGGAAAUGGAGGCCCCUCAGGAUAGCCGGACCGCCGGCGGUUGUAGGCUGGGGCGGGGUCGCUGCGUUCCGGCUCGAGCCCCUGCCCUGCCCGGAAGGGCUUCCCUGCGUCGCGACGCGCGGUCCACCGAGGGGGCCACGGAGCCGAAGGCCAGCCCGGGGGCGAGCCUCAGGGAGGGUGGAGGGCCAGCACCGCGGACGCCCCCCGGACUGGGGGACUGAGGGGUGGGCGGAAGCCUGGAGCAAAGCAGAAGGGCGACCGGGGCGAGGGUCAGGCUCCCGGACAGGCCGCGCCGGAAGCCUCUGGGACCCCCAGUGGCCGGAGGCUCGGCUGCCUUGCGCCCCUCUUCCCGUGCGGUGGCUCCGGAACGGGCGCCUGCGCCCCUCCCAGGACACCUGGCACCUCGGUUAGUCCUUGGGCUGGGCACAGCCGGUGCGCCCAGGGCCAGAAGGUGCCUGGGCAUCUCUGCAGGGUGGGCGGGCGGGGGGUGAGGGAUGGGGGCCCGUCUGAGCCCACGGAGCAGCGAGACACACAUACCCUUUUUAUCCCGUAUAGGGGGUCUGGGUUCUCUCCAGUGAGCAGCCCCGCCGGGGCUCCGAGGACCGGCCUUCUCCUGCACCCCUUCACCACCAGCCUCGCCCAGCUGGGGCAGGCCCUGCAGACCGGCCCACCCAGCUGCCCGCCACCCAGCCCUUCCAACCCUACAGAAGCUUACCGCGUGGCCCAAUUACAAAUGGUACCCAGCAAAUCCCACCCAAAAGUUGCUCAGAGGGGCGUACUGAAAUCUUCCCCAUCCCAAGCACAAACGCACAUCCCACCUUUCGAGAUUUUCAAAAAGAAAUGGUUUUAACAUUUAAAAAAUUUUCAAAGUGGUGCAGAAACACACCCUCCUUAUUUACAAAGAAAGAAUGGUGCAUUACACAGAAGACCCAACCUUGCUUUGCUCGGACGCCACCCUAUCCCCUCCCAUGCCGGCUCGGGGCUGUUCUCUGGGAGCUCACCCCCCUGCAGGCCGUGACCUUAGCGGACCCCUUCGGGGGCCGCCCCCGCCGCACUGCAUCACCGACCCCACGUGCCGUGGCAGUCUAGAACAGGGCGGGAUUCGCGCCUGGCACACAUAAAUGGGAGCGGGUGGCGGCGUCCCUCGGGAGCAUGGACACUCCAAAUUCCCCUCCGGGUGUCUAGAUCUGCGUUUCCCUCCUCUUCGUGGGGAUCCUUUCCCACGGCGCUUCCUUUUGUUUUAGCAUCGACCACACUUGGAGGCGAGCGUACAUCUCUGAAGGCGGGGACCUCAGGGACGACCCUCCCAGCCGGGAAAGGUGGGCGCUGCUCUGCACCAGACACUGCCUUUGCAGGGGCUGACCCCUAGCCUGUCCGCGCCCCAGCCUCCUCGCUGCCCCACUACUCCACCCCCGAGGCUGGAUGGCCUCUCACCUCCGCCCCCUGGUUCCCGCCCAGCGCACAGGGCGCCCACCGCGUGGGGCGGAGCCCUCCAGAUCCCAACCCGGUAGGCUGCUGCCCCGCCCCGCCGGCCUGCCCUAGCAACCGUUGCUAAGGGGGCGUGGCUGAGCCCGGAGGUUCCCGCAGCCUCAUGAAUAUUUUAGCAUCCAAAUGAGGCUCCGGCCUCGUUGCCAUGACGCCCCGGCCCCGCAACCCUGCCACCGGAAGAACGACCCCGAGUCGGAGUGAGCGCCCGGCAGCGGAGGGCACCCAGGGCACCGGGACCGACCCCGCAGGUUGGAUGUGAAUGGCCCAGGCCUGGGACAGAGCCCAUGGGCCUUGGCCGAGCGCAGCCACGGUCCCGGUGUGGGAGCUGAGCUGGCAAGGCCUGCAGACCCGCCCACAGAGCAAGGACCCAGGCCGCCACAGGGACAGGCGUGCCGAGGGGCUGGACGAUGAGUCCCUGUCGCCUGCCCGGCUGCGGGCCCUGGCCCAGGUAGAUGACCUUCGACUGGUGAGCAUGCUGGAAAUGUGUGUCAACACUCGUGAGAGCAGCCUGGGAAACUUCGGGGUGCACCUGCCCAACCUCAGCCAGCUGAAGCUGAACGGCAGCUGCCUGGGCUCCGUGCGAGACCUGGGCACUUCCCUGGCCCACUUGCAGGUGCUGUGGCUGGCUUGCUGUGGCCUGACCGACCUGGAUGGCAUUGGCUCCUUCCUGGCCCUGAAGGAACUCUACGUCUCCUACAACAACGUCUCAGACCUGAGCCCACUGUGCCUGCUGGAGCAGCUGGAGGUGCUGGACCUGGAGGGCAAUAGUGUGGAGGACCUGGGGCAGGUGUGCUACCUGCGGCUGUGCCCGAGGCUGGCCACGCUCACCCUGGAGGGCAACCCGGUGUGCCUGCGGCCGGGGCCCAGCCCUUCCAACAAGGUGCUCCGGGGCUACAACUACCGGACGGAGGUGCGGAAGCAAAUUCCCCAGCUGCAGGUCCUGGAUGAGGUGCCGGCUGCGCAUACAGACCGGCCGGCCUCCCGGAAGCCAGGCCAGGACUGGCUCAUGGUGAAGGCGGCCAUCAAGGAGGGCAGUGUCCUGGAUGGCCUGCUCCCUGGGCUGGAUUGUCCCCACGGAGCCCCCAUUCAGAGACUCAGCUCCGAGCUCUCCUUACCUGAGACCCAGCCAUGGACCCCCAGGCCAUGGCCGCUCUCCCUACUGGUCAGUGGGGGUCCCCUGCCUGAAAGCCUGCUUCCCAAGGACCCAGCUCCAGAGGGGGACACAAGCAACCUCACCCAUGGGGCUAGUCGAGUCCUCUGCGGGAACCCCACCAAAGGCCUGUGGGAGCGUCGGCACCAGUGCCAGGCCUGGCUGGUUCCAGAGCAGCUGCGCCCACCCAGACUGAAGGACCCAACUGCCGGUGUCCCCAGCCCAGGGCCCGAUCCUAUGGAGAGCAGUGAAUCCCCGGCCUUGGCUAGGCUUCCGGCCUGCAGGGAGCUGCGCCCGCGCCCCCUCCCUGGUAGGUCCCUGGAUCCCCAGCGGGAAGGUGCCGUAGCCCCCCGUGGCCCACGGAAGGACAAGUCUAGGCCCAAGACUCCCUCCGGCACCCUGUGCCCGGUCCCAGAGCCUUCCAGGACCUUGGGCUAUAACCUGACGCCCUCUCCCCCCAAGAUGCCCAUGCCUUCUGAUUCUAGCAGCAGCUCCUGGGGCUCCACAGGCCUGCAGUCCCGGAGGCGCAGGCUCAGAGCCCUGUGUAGCUUAGGGCCUGGCCUGGGGAAAGGGCCUGGCCUAGGGCAGGGAUUAGCUACAGUGACUACAGCUCUGAGAGCCCUGGAGGUGACCUCAGGCCCAAGCCCUCCAGCCCAAGGAUGUCCAGCCCCAAAGCCAGCAACGGAUCCAGCAGCCAGACCCCCUGGCCUCCCGUGCUUGCCGCACCUGAACCCUAUCACCCCAGCCCAAUCCCACCCCUAGUGUAACACCCCCAUCCACUGCCAAGCUGGCCUCCACCAAGGGCCAAGGAGCCCCCAUGUGAUUGUGGGAGCCCCAUGUGAACUCUGGCUUCAUGGAACACAGAGCAUCUUGGGGCAGGGGGUGUUGGGGGAUGGGUAAUGGGCUUGAGGUAGGAGAGACCCUUCUUGGUGGAGGGGAGUCGGGGAUUGGGAUCUCCAGCUGCAGGCACAAGAAAGAGCCCAGGCUAAGAGAGCCCAGGUCCCCAGCACAGGCCCAGCUGCCGGCUCCUUCCAGCGAGGCCCACCAGCUCUCUGGCAGGCCCUCUCCAGAUGCCAGGGUGCGGCCAGGCCUCCCAUGGGGGGGGGGGGGGGGGUCAUUUGCGCGGUUCCUAGCCCACGCAGGGAUGGGGCAGCCAGCUCCCUUCCCUUGGGGCAGGGUACCCCAAAACCAAGCAAACGCUUCUCGACUGUCAGGUGUACAUGAAUGCUCUUUACUUCGUAGGCGAUGUUGGUUCAAUAAACGCUGCCGCCGGCUCGGCCCGCC